AUGUCGGAUAUUUCUGAUGCUUUAUCAAAGCUGUCAGUUCAGGGGUUAAUUGACUCGAGCCGGAAAACCGGCCUCGUAUACGAUGACCGAAUGAUCGAACAUUCAUGUUUGUGGGAUCCGGCGCAUAUUGAGAGGCCGGAACGUUACAUGCUAUCGUUGCAAAGAUGUAAAGAAUAUAAUCUAAUAGAAAAUUGCCACAUAUUACCUUCUCGAUGUGCAACUGAAGACGAGUUGUGUUUGAACCACUCAAAGAACUACAUCGAUGAAAUUAAGAAUUCCAAAACCUUAAAUAGUGUGUCUGAGCUAGAAAAACUAUCAUCUAAAUACGAUUCUGUCUACUUUCACCCCAAAACAUACGAUGCUGCUUUGUUGGCCGCUGGUUCAGCAAUUGAAUUGGUUUCAAACGUGUUGAAAGGCACUGUAAGGAACGGCUUAGCAGUUGUGAGGCCACCGGGACAUCAUGCCAUGGAGCAGCAAGCGUGUGGGUUCUGCUUUUUUAAUAAUGUCGCUAUUGCAGCAAAAUAUGCUCUGAAGGAAUUUGAUGUAAAGAAAAUAUUGAUUAUUGACUGGGAUGUACACCAUGGUCAAGCCACACAGCAAAGUUUCUAUGAUGAUCCUAGAGUUCUUUACUUUUCCAUACAUAGAUAUGAACAUGGGGAAUUUUGGCCACAUUUACGAGAAUCCAACUUUGAUUUUACUGGCAGCAAUAUAGCUCCUGGCUUCAAUAUUAAUGUACCAUUAAAUGCUACUAAACAAGGCAGCGCAGAAUAUUUAUCAAUAUUCAACAAUGUCCUAUUACCUAUUGCAUAUGAAUUUUGUCCAGAGUUGGUUAUCAUAUCAGCUGGUUUUGAUGCAGCCAUUGGUUGUCCAGAAGGAGAAAUGACAGUGACUCCUCAGACAUAUCCUCACUUUUUGAAUUCAGUAUCUAGUCUGGCUAAUGGGCGGAUCUGUGUUAUUUUAGAAGGUGGAUAUUGUUUACCGUCGCUCUCAGAAAGCGUCGCAUUGACUUUGAGAGGCUUGUUGGGGUAUCCAUGUCCUCCCAUCCCCAAAUGCUCCGACAUUUCUGAAAGCUGCCUAGAAACUAUUUUAAAUGUGAUAUCGGUGCACAGACCUUUCUGGGAGAGCAUCAGAAUCCAAAAUGUUUACGAUAGCUCUUACGAUGAUGAUGACAGCGUCAAACAUGUCGUCUGCCCUAAAUAUGCUGGAAAUCCACUUGCUGGCUUGGUCACUUUUCCCACCCAGGGAUAUUAUCCUGUUCAGGAUCCUAACGUCGUAAACAUGUUCACCUCCGAAAUUCAGAAUUUGAUUAUGAAGACUGACCUGUCCGUUCCUUCUCACCGAACUUGCUUGAUAUUCGACCCUAAGAUCAAUCAGCAUGUUAACAAGAGGGAAAAGAACCAUCCAGAGAAAGCCGACCGCGUUAUAAAAAUUUAUGAAAAGUUGCAUGCCAGUGGGCUUUUAUCUAAGUGCCUGUUACUUGAAUCUCGUGUAGCUUCCGAAGCCGAGCUUGCAUUAGUCCAUGACAUUAAUUAUAUUAAUUAUAUCAAGUCUACAUCAACUAUGUCGUACAGAGACAUUGCAAAAGUAGAAACUGAGCUAGAUUCGGUCUAUAUCUGUCACGAAACGUACGAGUCGGCAACAUCUGCUUGUGGAAGCUUGCUGCAAGCUGUUGAUGCUGUUGCGCAGAGGGCAUGUGUGAAUGGAUUUGCAUUAAUUAGACCCCCAGGUCAUCAUGCCGAUGCCAAAACAGCAUGCGGCUUCUGUAUUUUCAACAAUGUUGCCGUUGCUGCCAGAUAUCUUCAAACUCAUCAUAAUAUGCAGAAAAUUCUCAUAUUGGAUUGGGAUAUACAUCACGGGAAUGGCACACAGCGUAUUUUUUAUGAAGACGGUAAUGUUUUAUACGUAUCUUUGCAUUUGUACGAUGGGGAUUUUUUCCCCGGAUCUCCAGAAGCGGAUCAUACCGCUGUCGGACAUGGCCAAGGAGAAGGAUACAAUAUAAAUAUACCUUUCAGCUACGUUGCCGGUGACGGGGAUUAUCUAGCAGCUUUCUUUCACAUAGUCCUUCCUGUUGCUUACGAAUUCAGUCCUGAUUUUGUCCUGGUUUCGGCAGGUUUCGACGCCAUUCACGACGAUCCUUUGGGAGGCUGUUUCGUCACUCCGCCAUGUUUUGGCAUCAUGACAAAAUUGCUGAGUGGGUUAUGCAACGGCAAAAUUGUUUUGGCCUUAGAAGGCGGUUACAACAUACCAAACACAUCUGAUGCGGCUAUUUAUUGUAUCGGCUCCUUGCUGAAUGAAUUCCCUAUGCCUCACAAACCAAUGAAACCCACACUGAAUGCAAUGAAAACAAUACAAAGCGUAGUGAAAACUCACAAGAAGUACUGGAAGAGUUUGAAAUUUGAUGUGGAAGUGCCUGAUGUGACUAGCAUGAGCAUGUCGGAGGAUAUUAAUUUUAACGAUUUCAAUCGUAAUAAGCCCUUGAGAACCAGUGACCCAGUAGCCAUCCCUAGACGAGAAGAAUCUGGCAGCUUUAGCAUGAAUGAUUGUGAUGGAGCUGUAGGAAUAUCUGGCGGAGAAACAUUCUAUUGUGUCACACCACUUGAAUAUUGCCCUCACUUGGAACUGCUGCAGCAAAUACCUGCUGAGGGAUUAAACCCUUAUUCGCCAUGCCAAGCUUGCAACGAUCCUACCGAAAAUUGGGUGUGUCUACAUUGUUAUCAGGUAUAUUGUGGGAGAUUUAUAAAUCAGCACAUGCUUCAGCAUGGCAUGGACAUGCAACAUUAUCUUACCCUGAGCUAUUCAGAUUUGUCUGUUUGGUGCUAUGCCUGUGAUGCGUACAUUCAUAACAACGUUCUUGUGCCUAUCAAAGAACAUGCUUGCCACAAAAAAUUUGCAUAA